GGUUGGGGGGUGAUUUGGAACCUGUUUAAGUCAGGCUUGGAGUGAGCAGUGUUGAGUUGUAAAGGUGUAUCGGCCAAGGUCUCAGUGGCAAUCUGUGCCCGCAAUGAGCGGAAUGAGGAGACAACAAGACAGACUCGGAGCAGAGGACAGCAAUUUGUUGCAAGACAAUGUGUGGAGACCCGGGAUCAAAACUCGGCGGAGGAUGAACGGAUGUUUGGCUUUUGUCAAGCGGCAGCUCUCCCGUGUCGGAGACGACUGGUAUUUUCUCUUCAUUUUUGGCAUAUUGAUGGCUCUCAUCAGCUUCGGCAUGGAUUUCACUGUGUCCAAACUGCUCAAAGCUCAUCGACAUCUAUACGAGAAGUUAGAUGGCAGCAGCGUUCUGCAGUAUCUGUGCUGGACCAUCUACCCCAUUGCACUCACCACAUUCUCCACUGGCUUCUCUCAGAGCAUCUCAUCACAGUCAGGGGGCUCAGGCAUUCCCGAGUUAAAGACCAUCUUGACUGGAGUGCUUCUGGAGGAGUACUUGAUGAUCAAAAACUUUAGCGCCAAAGUGGUCGGCAUGACAUGUACCUUGGCAGCAGGGAGCACACUCUUUUUGGGCAAAGUGGGUCCCUUUGUUCACGUCUCCAGUAUAAUUGCCACCUACCUGGGAAGAAUCCGAACUACAGUGACCGGCGACUAUGAGAACAAGAACAAACAGUAUGAGAUGCUUGUGGCAGCCGCCGCCGUGGGAGUUGCGAGUUGUUUUGGUGCCCCCAUCAGUGGUGUCCUGUUCAGUGUGGAGGUGAUGUCCUCUCAUUUUGCAAUCCGCAACUACUGGCGAGGAUUCUUUGCUGCCACUUGUGGGGCCUUUAUGUUUCGACUUCUUGCUGUGUUCAACAGUGAGCAAGAAACCAUCACCGCUCUUUUCAAGACGAAGUUCAGAGUUGAUUUUCCCUUUGAUUUGCCGGAAACUAUGAUCUUUAUUGCCCUUGGGAUCCUCUGUGGGACUCUGAGCUGCUUCUACCUGUCCUGUCAGCGCUGGGUGCUGGGAUACACCAAGAGGAACCUGGUCAUAGUGAAGCUCAUGGCCACAAAUAGGAAGGCAGUGUACUCUGGGCUUGUGGCUUUACUCAUGGCCUCCAUCACCUUCCCCUCUAGUCUGGGGCAGUUUAUGCCGUCCCGGCUCACUAUGAAGGAACUCCUCUCCUCCCUAUUCGACCACCGGCCUUGGAAUGUCCUCUCCCAGAACUUGUCACUCAGCAACCGGACAGAAGUGGAUCCUGACAAUCUCUGGAUCGAAUGGUGUCACCCAACCUUCACCAUAUUUGGCACGCUGUUGUUCUUCCUGGUCAUGAAGUUUUGGAUGAUGAUUCUUGUGACAACAAUGCCAAUGCCGGCUGGCUACUUCAUGCCCGUGCUUAUUUACGGUGCUGCUAUCGGUCGGUUAGUAGGAGAGGUCGUGGCCUACAUAUUCCCCAAUGGCAUCAGGUCAGAAGGAGUUUUGAACCCUAUAAUCCCUGGAGGAUAUGCUCUUGCAGGUGCGGCGGCGUUUUCUGGUGCGGUCACUCACACACUGUCCACGGCGCUCCUGGUAUUCGAGCUGACUGGACAGAUGGCCCACUUCUUGCCCGUCCUGCUGGCCGUGCUCGUGGCGAACGCCAUUGCCCAGAAAUUCCAGCCCUCCUUCUACGACGGGACCAUUAUUGUGAAGAAGCUGCCAUAUCUGCCCAAGAUUCGGAGCAGCAACACUGGCUCUUACAGUGUGACCGUGGAAGAGUUCAUGAACACCAGCCUCGUGUGUUUGGCCAAGGUUUCCAGCUACACUGAUAUCCUGCAGGUGAUAAACUCCAGCUCGCACUCUUUAUAUCCCGUUGUGGAAAGCACAGACUCGAUGAUGCUCAUCGGAUCAGUUCAAAGGAAGGAACUGAUCAAAUUCCUUCAGAGUCAAGGCCGUGAGAGGCACAAAGAGGAGGAAAAGAAGCCGGAGAAAGUGGAUGAGAAUCUUUGGGGAAAGUGCCACAUUGACCCAGUGACUUUCCAGCUGUCUCCAAGCACUUUGUUACACCAGACUCACAAACUCUUUGAUCUUCUGGGCCUUCAGCACAUGUUUGUCACCUCGGCCGGGAAGGUGGUUGGCUUCGUAACCAGGAAUGAGCUGAAGAAAGUGAUUGAAGACCUGGCCAAUGGUCGGAUCCCAGUCAAGCUGUAAACGUUAUCGAAGAGGAGAGUAAUGAUCGUCGUCCCAUUCCCAUUGAAACUUCCAUUUACCAACGAUACCUCACUUCACCUGUUGUUGUGUGCAGAAGCUGGCCGUCACAAUAAACUUUGUGUUCCUUUCCAAUC